AUGAUCGAAAUCCCCUUUGCGACACCAGAAGAUCUUGAAUUGACUCCGCCUUCAAGUCCAGAUGGCUUUAAUAUCAGUGAAUCCUUGGCCCCACGACGGGAAAACAGCGCCGCAGUGACCACAGCAGUUUCGUUUGAUGGACUCCUGAAGGAACCAUUGAAAUUGAAAGAAGAUAUCAAAGAUGGAUGCGGUGGUCAACUAUGGCCGGCCGGGAUGGCCUUGGCCAAAUACCUCCUGUCCCGCCAUGCUACCGAUCUGACUGAUAAAUCAAUCGUUGAACUUGGGGCUGGAGGAGGGCUCGUGGGACUGGCAAUUGCCCGCGGGUGUCAACUCGAGCAUCCCAUCUAUAUCACAGACCAGGAACCCAUGUUUUCUCUAAUGAAGGACAACAUCCGACUAAACAAUCUUGACCCAAAUGCGACUGCUGCGAUACUAAACUGGGGAGAACCGAUCCCAAACCAGAUCCCAUCGAAACCGGAUGUUAUCAUCGCCGCCGACUGCGUCUAUUUCGAACCGGCCUUCCCUCUUCUCAUCACCACACUCCAGGAACUGCUGGGACCCAAUUCGGUGUGCUACUUCUGUUACAAACGGCGCAGACGAGCGGACCAACGCUUCAUGAAGAUGGCGAAGAAGGCUUUCGAAAUGGAGGAAAUCUGCGAUGAUGCCGGUGCCUCGACGUACAACAGAGACAACAUCUUCAUGUACACGAUACGUGCAAAACGGACCAAAAGCGCCAUGUGA